AUGAACCUCGUCGACAGAAUCUCCUUAACCGGUCCUCCUGUGUCCUCCCCCGAGGAUAUCUUAUCUACCGCCCUAUCUACUCUCGACCCCAACGACCAGCUUAAUCUUCCCAAGCCCUUGCAUUUCGAACUUGCCGAUCCUGCUGGAGAAGCGGACCGGAAGCUGUUCAGCCAUUAUCUCUGGAAUCCAUCUCUCCUGCUGGCCGAGCUCAUCGAAGCGGGGAGCCUGGGCCUCGACGCGCCCGCCAGUGGCAAGGGUGUCCUGUCACCGGAGCCAUACCAUUUCAAUGUUCGCGCCCAACACACCAUAGAGCUCGGCGCCGGAACCGCGCUACCGAGCAUCAUGGCCGGCCUGCUAGGUGCCAGCAGGGUUGUCAUCACCGACUACCCCGCCCUGACUGUUCUAACCACGCUAAACGGAAACGUGGCUCGGAAUGUUACCGCCACCAGCUCGCUGCUUGGUAAGGUAACUGACCAAAUUAUCAUCGAGGGCCAUGCCUGGGGCGACUUGGACAACAGUGACUUUGCCGGUACCAACCGCCACGCCUUCGACAGCAUUUUUGUUGCCGAUUGUCUGUGGAUGCCAUGGCAACAAGCUAACCUCCUCGCAUCUAUUUGCUGGUUUCUGGCGCCAUCGUCCAAUGCCAGGGUCUGGGUUGUGGCCGGCUUCCACACGGGGCGAGGUAAGGUGCGCGGUUUUUUUUACACAGCCCAGUUGGGCCCUGUGGGUCUGGAAGUGGAAAGAAUAUGGGAGCGAGAUGUUCUCGGUGCCGAAAGGGAGUGGAAUCCUGAUAGACGAGUUGAUAACUUUAGCGGCGAGAGGCGGUGGCUUGUGGUCGCUGUGCUGAAGCGCAAGGCCGAAGACGGUCAAGAAGGGCCGUGA